CACUGACACUGUUUUUGGUAGUCAUGAUAGAGUCUCUGGCUGCCAUUCAUGUCGUGAGAAGUUUCACCUUGCUUCCUAUGCUGUGUGGAUCUAAAUCUGAACCAAAAUUCCGUCUUUUGAGUUGUCCUGCGUUGACUUUAGUUUAUGUUUUUUGCUUUGAAGAUAAAGCUUUGAAGAUAAAGGAGAGGUGUUACAGUUACGGGUAGGCUAAUUACCGUGGAACUUACAUAUAGAACGACACAGAUUUAAUUACUCGCUGACGGUGUUAUCUAGGUUGUUUACAUACACCUUUAGAUCUUAGAAUUCACAGGAAGUCAACAGGCAGAAUUUCUCGGGCCAUGUAUAAUAAUAUCUAGGGGUUCAAAUUCACAAGCGAAGUAGUUCCCUUCUGGAUUUUCUUAAGGUACAUAAUUUCAAUUUCAGUUCUUUGGAUCAUUUGAUAAGGAAACUUGCUGCAUUUGUUAAGGGAUGUGGCGAGGUUUGUGCAUAACAUGGUAAGUAAUGGUUCACGCGUUGCCUUAAUCAGUUUUCACACGAGAAAAGCGAAAGAAUUGCCAUUUACUCCCUUCCUUUCAAAAUAAAAAGGAAAUCACUAACCUGUCCAUGUUCAUUGCAUCUGCUUAUGAAUUAAUGACACCAAAUCAUACGACUGUUGGAGCUCCACUACGCGGCCGUAGUUGCAUGCAUGAUACCGUUUUUAUAUGCAAGAAUCACAGCUAAAAAAUUAAUCUACUGCCAUGGUUGACCUCUCCCUACCUGUCCCCAACAAACAAGCCAGUACUAGACUGCGAGUUCGCGAGGAAGAUGGCGUGCGGCAUGCCAUGGGUUCUGUCAGAGCGAUCGAAGGAGAGCGAGUUCCGCCGGUGGCAGGGAAACGCCGGGCGGCCGUUCCGGGGGCCGUCACUGUCGUCUUCUUGCUCGCGUUGCCCCUGGCGAUUGUGUUCCUUCUCUUCGGCGACCGAGCCGCCUCGUCCAUCGCCGCCGGCUCCCUGGUUUGGCAGCGCGUGGAAGAGCAAUACUCCGGCAAUGCGUCUUCGGCACCGGACGCGGCAGGUAGCGGUCACGACCGGCUCCUCGGCGGGCUCCUCUCGCCGGACUUCGACACGGAGUCGUGCCUUAGCAGGUACGAAGCGUCGAAGCGCUGGAAGCCGUCGCCGUUCCCGGUCUCCCCUUACCUCGUCCAGAAACUGAGGCAGUACGAGGCGAACCACCGCCGGUGCGGGCCAGGCACGGCGCACUACCGCGAGGCCGUGGCGCAGCUCAUGUCCGGCCGCAACGCCGACCGCGCCGAGUGCAAGUACGUGGUGUGGCUCCCCAUCCAGGGCCUCGGCAACCGGAUGCUCAGCGUCGUAUCGACCUUCCUGUACGCGCUCCUCACCGGCCGCGUCGUCCUCGUCCACGAGCCCCCCGAGAUGGAGGGACUCUUCUGUGAGCCGUUCCCGGGGACCUCAUGGCUGCUACCGCCGGACUUCCCCUACAAGGAUGGUUUCUGGGCCGGCUCAAAGGAGAGCUACGAGAGCAUGCUUGAGAACAACAUAGUCCGCUACGACGACGAUGGCGAAGCAAGCGCACUGCCGCCGUACGUCUACUUCCACCUGGAGCAAAUCAACCUCCGGCUCCAGAACCACACGUUCUGCGAGGAGGACCACCGUGUGCUGGACAGGUUCAACUGGAUGGUGCUCCGGUCGGACAGCUACUUCGCCGUGGCACUGUUCCUCAUGCCCAUGUACCGGGCCGAGCUGGACCGGAUGUUCCCGGUGAAGGGGUCCGUGUUCCAUCACCUCGGCAGGUAUCUCCUCCACCCGGGGAACCGAGCGUGGGGGAUCAUUGAAAGGUUCUACGACGGGUACCUCGCCGGCGCCGAUGAGCGUCUCGGCAUGCAGGUGCGCCUCGUGCCGUACAUGCCGAUCCCGUUCGAGGUGAUGUACGAGCAGAUCAUCCGGUGCACGCGGGAGCACGAUCUCCUACCACAAGUGACCAGCACCAGCGAGCCGGGUGUCCGGCUGUCGAACGGCACGACGAAGGUGAAGGCCGUGCUGGUCGUCUCCUUAAAGCCGGAGUACUACGACAAGCUGCACAGCGUGUACUACACGAACGCCACGGUGACAGGCGAGGUCGUGACGGUGUACCAGCCGAGCCACGACCAGGACCAGCACACCGAGGCGCGGGCGCACAACGAGCGCGCCCUGGCCGAGAUAUACCUGCUGAGCUACUGCGACAAGUUAGUGACCACGGGGUUCUCGACGUUCGGGUAUGUCGCGCACUCGCUGGCCGGGCUGCGGCCAUGGCUGCUGAUGCUGCUGGACCGGAUCAAGUUGAGGGCCGAUGUUGCCUGCGUGAGGUCGGCGUCGGUGGAACCGUGCCUGCACUCGCCGCCGUCGCUUGUCUGCCGGGCGGCGAAGGAUUUUGACCCGGUGGCGCAUGUGCCCUUCCUGAGCCACUGCGAAGAUGUGGACUUCGGUCUCAAGCUGUUCGAUUGAGUUAGCUCGUGCAUAUAUAUGCUUGCUUCAAUUUUUUUUUCCUUUUGGGCUUCUUCACAACAGUUAAUUCCAUGAGUUCCAAAUGGUUCCUGUUGAAAAGGAAAUAAAUUCGUAGAAGUACUACAGAAAUUUGGAU